GACUUGUUUGGACUAUAAUGGGUCGAUACCUAGUAAUGAAACAAUAAGGAUAUGCAGUAUACAAGGCAAAAAGAAGGUUCCAGACUGCCAAAAUCAUAUACGAGUUGUCAUGGAGAUGAAUGAUUAUUUACUUGUGUGUGGUACAGGAGGGUUUGCACCUAUAAGAUAUCACUUAAAUCCUGACUUUUUCGCCGAUGAGUCUGACAACUUCCAGAUUAACAACACAUUCCCUGGGGCAGCAUACUGCCCAUUUGACCCCUGGGACAAUUACACAGCUAUCCUUGUCACUCAAGGAAAUCCUGGUAAUACCACUGUCCCAUACUUUGGAACGUACACAGAUUUCAUAAAAAGCUCACCCGUGAUUAGCAGACCAAAGUUUACAGGUUCAGAUGGUAAAAUAUACUCCAGCACAAGUACAGACCGAGAAGAUAUCAGCUGGUUAAAUUCUCCACAGUUUGUUGGGUCAUUUGAUGAUGAGGAAAAAGUUCUGUUUUUCUUCCGUGAGACGUCAGUAGAAUACACUUUCAGCAAAAAUAAAAUCUUUUCAAGAGUUGGAAAAGUCUGCAAGCAAGACCUUGGAAAUCGAGUGCAGGGAUUGGAUAUCGUAUUGUGGUUAUCAUUCCAGAAGGCAAGACUUCUCUGCUCUGGGUUUGACGAUAUUUAUGGUGUUUACCAGACUGGUGACCAGUUCUAUGCAUUGUUUUAUAAACACGGAGAAUACAGAGGUGAUCUGGGUGUGUCUGCUAUAUGUGUGUACAGAAAGUCUGAUAUCGAGGAAGUGUUUGCUGGAAAAUUCCUGCAACGAGUAGAUGGUAAUUGGGUUACUGUACCAGAAACUAACAAACAAGAUCCAAGGCUACUUAUGCGUAACUGUACACUUCAUAGAGAUAAUCCACAAAUCUUUAAAAACAAUGCAUCUGCAUACCAUUUGAUGGCAGAGGGUGUUGAGCCAGUAUAUGGCGAGCCAAUUUACUACAAGGCUGGUGUUCAGUUCAUUAACAUUGCAGUCAGCGACACCAUAACAAAGUCACAGAUAACAGGCAAAAAUAUCUUUUUAGCCUCAGAUGAAGGGGAAGUGUAUUCCCUAUUUAUGAAAACUUCAGAUGCAACUUCAUAUAUGAUAGAGAAGAAUCCUGUGGUAUAUAGACCAUUUGGUCCAGAUAAAAACAGGAGAAAUGCCAUCUGGAAUAUGAAAUUUCUGGAUCAGUCAUUAGUACUAGGAACAGAUUAUGAAGUGAAGAGGCUGACUAUAAAGAAUCUUUGCGAACAAAUACAAGAAAUGAAUGUAUGCAUUCUAAAUACUAUGUGUAAAUGGAACAGGUGUAAUGGAGGUUCUUGUGUUAAAGCUGAUGCUAUUGUUACCUGCGGUUCGUCUAGCUUUGACUGGACCAUGAUAGACAAUGAAGAUGUCAUUAUCUCUAUAAAAAAUGAAAUUACAGAACAAGAUGAAAAUAUGUCUUCCAUUGGCGAUGUUAAAGCUGUUGAUGGACUGUAUAUUACUUUACCCUUUAAAGCCAGGAUUUACACUGAUUCUGUAAUGUGGCUUAAAGAAACCAUAUGUUCAGGAAGAAAUGUACUGGAAAAUCCAGAUAAAUUUGCAAUUUCCUCGUCGUAUGAUUUAAUUGUGAAAAACGUAACCAAAGAAAUGGAUAAUGAAUCAAAAUAUUCAGUGUGUUAUAUGGGUGAACAAAAGAUAAAAUUAAAAGGAUAUAACAUUCAAGUGGCUUCAGACGAAAAGAAAAUCAUUGACGUAUGGAAGCAACAGUUUAAUGAAUGGUCUUCAGCAUUUGUGAAAUGGAAAGGCUGUGCAAAUUCAUACUAUGAAUCUUGUUCAAGUGAUGGUGGGUAAGCGGACGUAAUCAAUGGAUACAGUGAUUCCAGCAUCUCUCUUACUGUUUGAAAAAUAUUCUAUGUAUCCAUAUAUUUUAUCUAUCUGUCAGUAAUAUCCACCAGCAUGACAUUUUUUUAAAAGCUUGGUGCGAGCAUUCAUAAAGGAAAUUUGUUAUGAGCAAAUUGUUUUUCGUCUUAAAGAGUGGGUUAUACUAACUUAUUUAAGGUCGACUGUGAAGCAAAUUCUACAACUUAUUUAAUCACUUUCGACACCUCAUUCUUGAUAGAAUCCAUUGCCUCGAGGGUAUGAGAGAAGAGAAGCCAGUUUCCCUUUUAAUAUUGGAGCUUUCGGUACCAUUUUUUAUGUCUUUGGUACAACGCAGUCAGGGAUUGAACCCAUGACCUCAUGCACUCAAGUGGAUGCUCUGUCGCUAGCUUAACAAAGCAGUAAUAGAAGGAUAUAAGCAGUGGUUUCCUUCUUUCAGCCUGCCUGGUUAGCCCAUAAGGUGCAGUUGAGGAUUUUGAGAGAAAAGGUCCAUUUUCAAUCCCUAAAGGCAUGGUAUAUGUUUAUGCCCCUCUUCGAAGAAGGAGGGGUAUAUUGUUAAGCUGAUGUCGGUCAGUCAGUCCGUAGACCAGUCAGUUUCCGGAUGAUGACUCAAGAACGUUUGGGCCUAGGAUCAUGAAAGUUGAUAAGGAGGUUGGUCAUGACAAGCAGUUGAUUUGAGAUCAGUAGGUCAAAGGUCAAGGUCACAGUGACCCGGAACAGUUAAACCAUUUGCAGACGAUAACUUGAGAAAGCUUUGGCCUACCUAGGAUCAUGAAACUUAAUAGGGAGGUUGGUCAUGACCAGCAGAUGACCCCUAUUGAUUUUGAGAUCAGUAGAUCAAAGGUCAAGAUCAUAGUGACCAGGAACAGUUAAACACUUUCUGGAUGAUAACUUUAGAACACUUGGGCCUAGGAUCACGAAACUUAAUAGGGAGGUUGAUCAUGACCAGCAGAUGACCCCUAUUGAUUUUUAGGUCAAAAGUCAAGGUCAUAUUGACCCAGAACAGUAGAACUGUCUUCGCCAAAUUACUAGAGAAUGCUUUGGUCUAAGAUCACAUUUGAUAUGGAGGUCACUUAUGACCAGUAAAUGACCCAUAACUAUUUAUUUGAGGUCAGCAUGUCAAACGUCCAGUGCUCAGUGACCAAAUAAUUCCUGUUCCUUGUGCAGUUACUGAAUGCAUCAAGGGGGGCAUUUCAUGUUCUACGAACUCUUGUCUUGAUGAUUUCACAGAAGACAAUUGUGUUUGAGGUCAUUCGUCUUUCACCUGUUAAUCAUGUAGAGAAGUUUUCCUUUAUUUCCUGAGAACAAGUCAGUAUUGGUACAGAAUUUGGGAAGACUGGUUAGGUUAACAGACUUUCACAAAAUCUGAUAAUGGGUUAAAACCAUCUGACAACAGAAUCUUUACUUUCUAGACAACUAUCUGACAAUUUUUGUAAGUGCAGAAUGAUUUGAUUUGGAAUGCUGAUACCAAGGUACUGCAAAGGUCAAUAGCGUGAAGAUUCUUUCUCUUGUCUAGUCUACGUUAGUACUGGAGCAUUGCCAAAUUUACAUCACUUAACCUUUAGCUUGCUGGCGGCAAGUGAUUCUGCCUUUGCGACCAGUGCAAACCAAGAUCAGCCGGCACAUCCAUGCAGCCUGAUCAUGGUCUGCACUGUUUGCUAUUCAGUCAGUAAAUUUUCAGUGAGCAUCCCUUUGAAAAGUAAGUGGUACUGUCCAAAUUGAAUGAUGGACCAAUCCAUUUUAGAAAUUUAGCAUGGUAAAGGUUAAGGUAGUGGACCAUUAUAAAAAUCUGCAACUUGUGAAAAAAAUUAUGUAUUCUUGUAUGUUAUUUUUGCAUCCUUCGGCUUUACCAAAAUUGCCUUCACUUUGAAAUAGUCUUUACUUAUUGUUUGAAAACUGUAAUGUCACUAAAUCAUGGUGAUACCACAUAAAUACUGUAGAAAUGAACUGCUAUGGGACAUACAUAACUUUUCAAUAUGUUAUUCUGUUUUAUUUUACAAUUAUUAUUAUAUUGUGUCAGAGUAUUUUUCAAAGAAUUCCACACCACAUAGAUUUUGGUUUAUGUGAGUGGUAAAUUAAUGUUAUAUGUGCAUGUAAGUUGCGUGAAAACAUUAUAUUGUUUAACAUAAAUUUCUUAUGUACUGUUUUAGAUUAAGAGCAUAUAAGAAUCAAAAUGGUGUAUAGUAAAAUGAUGUUUUACCUAAAUAAAUACACUCAAAAUCGGUUAUACAUCACCAGAAUGAUUUGCCCUCGUGAAAUUAUUCCAUAGAUGUAUAACCUCUGUCUGUGUAUUAAUAACGUUAAGACACGUUUUUUCUAUACAUUAUUUCUUAAUUCAGCUAGAUUGUCAGUAACUUGCUAACUAGUAUUUUGUACUAGACCACAGUAGCCUAUAAUCACACGAGCAGAACAUUGCUUAAACUCCCUUUGAUAUAUCACCAAAUGGUUUACCAAAAUAUAUGAACUUAUCUAAAAUUCCAGUAAUUAUACUCUUAAGGAGGUAGGUUACCUUGUUACCAGGGUAAAUUCAAAUUAGUUGAACCGCAGUGAUUUUUUGUAUUACGUGUAAUUUAAUGUUUUAACUGCUGCAAUCUCAGUUCCGUUUAUCUCUGUCCCUUCAAGUACAAUUUUUAUCCAGGUUUGAAGUACAUGACCCUCUUAAGGUAUUUUGUAUAGAAAGAAGAAGGAAAAUACGGAUAUUUAACUCUUUUCAGUGUAUUUUGGUUUCAUUGUUAUCCGUAGAAGUCUGCAUAAUUAAUACUUUUACUAGUAUGCGCAUAAGCUUUCUAAUUAAAGCCUAAAAUGUAUAUGUCGCGGGGCUCGUGUUUCCAUGGUAACGCAUUUUCUCUCAUUUUCCAACAAUAAUGUAUGAAAACGGGCUUUUCGACGGCUUAAGUGCCAUUCUGUUAAUGACCAACAUGGAAUAUUUGGAUAAUAUGAUUAGCAAAAUACCAAGAACUUUAUAUGGUACUAUGUUUUUCUUAAAGUUUAGAGUAACCAUGGCAACAGAGAUGUUUAAAAUAGCUUAUAUGUUGCUUUUUAUCGUAAUUUCUUAUAAAAAGAAUAUUAUAUAAAAUUAUCUUUCUUGUUAAUGUAGCUUUAAAACAUCUUAUUUCUAACGUUAGUAAUAUUUUCGUAUGAAUUGCAGUUAAUUUAACAAAUUUCACAGCUUAAAAUACUUACAGCAGUGCCCGUUGUCUGACAUUUUUAUUGAAAAAUCGUUCUGCAUGCUGCUAUUAUUCUCAUGGAUAUUGUAGAAAUGAAAAUAAAAAGCCGAAGCUGUGUUCCUUAAAUAGACCAGUAUCAACGCUUUUGAAUUUUACAAAUAGACAUAUAGGUCACGGGCUUCGUUUCCAUGGUAACAUCAAUUUAAUUCAAGACACCACAAUUUUAUACUGAAAUUUGAACAAUUUUAGAGCUUAGUUUUAGUAUUUAAGUAACAAAUUAUCAACGGAAACUGGGAAAUAGGUAUGACAAAUCAAACUGCCCAAUUGUAUUUGUAAAUGACCGUAAUAAAUUACCUUUCAGCCAUCUAUAUUCCCAAUCACAUCAGUUGCCAUCAUCCAUUUUCUUACAUUCCGCAUAACAUUUCAAUAUAAUUACAUAAAAGAAGCAAAAUAUUGAUCAUUUUUCAAAGCAAAAGACUAAUAAAAAGUAUUUCAGCAAAUAAUGGCUGUUUAAAAAUAGUUCAAAUAAAGAAAAAGCACAGAAUAACGUACUUUCAAAAUAAAAGCUAUUAAUUUUGCGCGGUAACUGACACGUAACGUCAUGACUUUAAUGACGUCAUUUUAAGGCAACACUGUUUUGAAGCGUUUCUGCGGCAAUUCAUUCAUUAUUUCUGCAUUAUUAAACCAUUAAACAAGAUCGGAGGCAGGUUCAAGAUUUAUUUCCAGAAGAAUGGAUAUACAAACACAUUUAGUUUGUCGUAAAUGUCGUCGUAAAUCGUCACGUUAGCUUCCGGUUGGACAUGCGCACUUACAAAUAUCAAGGUAACCUACCUCCUUAAGUCUUGUAUGACUUGUAAACAUUUGACAUGUCACAUUUAUUAUUCAUUAGUUUUGUAUCUGAGAAAGAUGCACAAGUUGUGCAGCUGAGAUAUUGCAAGAACAUUAGGAGUUCAAUAUUUAUUAUGAGUGAAAUAAGAAGCAUGUUUCUAGCUAGUGAAACUUUUAUGAUAUACUCAUUCAGGCUUAUAUAAGGGUUUAACUGAAAAUGUUAAUGAGGUUUUUUUUUUAGAUAAAGAUACUCAGUAAAAAUGUCAUCAAUAGUAAAAUCACACACAUGAUAUGAGGUUUACACAUCAGUAUGGAAAAAUACUGAUGUUUGACCCGUCUUUGUAAAUUUAGUUUCAGAAUAUAUAUAUCGGAAAUAUAUUGAUACAGUUGUGAUAUAAGAUAUAUCAAGGGAGUUAAUUAUAAAAGUAAUGUUGAAAUAUACAUCACUCAGAUUAGAACAUCUGUCAGAUAGAAAUGAAUAUUUUCAGUUGUAGAUUUUUCUUUAGUAUUAUCAGUAUGUUUUGUUGCUUCAUUUUGUUUAUUUUACGUAACCUUUAUCCUUCUGACAGCAAUGGAUUCUGCCUUUGCGACCAGUGCAGAUCAGGAUUGAAUGAUGGAGCAAUCCAUUAUAGAAAUUUAGCAGGGUAAAGGUUAAGUAAGGUUAGACAAAGUACAAAGGAACAUUAUCUCAACAAUUCAUUCUGGUGUAGUAACUCUGUGUAUGUGUUGAGUAUUGUAAUGUUAGCAUUUAUAAGGUUAUAACCUUUCUUAAAAAUUUUAUUGUAGUGGGUGGGACAUAUAUUUGCUGCCUUGUCCAUCCAUAAGUCUGUCUGAUUUGUGUCCAGAUUAUCUUCUGUUUACACUUUCCAAGGAAAUUGGUUCAAACUUACAAAAAUAUAUUGCAGUGAAUGUUAACUUGAGCUUAUUAUCAGGACAUGUAUCUUUGAAAUAAACUGACCUGCCAUUAUCCAGAGCGCAUUUCUUUCCAAUAGGGCCUAUUUUUAUGUAUUCAAAAGUAAUUUUUUUACAUAUUGGAUUACUUGCCUUCUUCCAGCAUAAUUAAAUUAACAGUUCCAAUUAUGAUGUGUUUAACCUUUAGCAAGCAGAUGGCAAGUGAUUAUGCCUUUGUAAGGCUGAUCUUGGUCUGCGCUUUUUUUGCUAUUCAGUCAGUACAUUUUCAGCAAACACUCCUUUGAAUAAUAAAUGGUAUUGCCCAAAUUGAAUAAUAGAACAAUCCAUUUCAGAAAUUUAGCUGGAUACGGUUAAAGUAUCUUUUCAACUUUCUUGUUUAUUCUUUAUGUACCAAGUUAGAAUUAAAACUUUUCUUUACAGAGAUGUGCUCUGUACUUGUAUAUUUAAAACUCUCGAAGUAUGAAGUGCUACAUUGUACAGCAUAGUGUAUUGUAAUAAUGAUGAAAUUGUGAGGAAUUUAUCAUUGUAGGCAAAAUCUGUUAUAAAAUAGAUUUACUUCUUGUUUUCACUAGCUUGUUUGAGACUUAUGGUAUGUUUCCAUGGAAACUUGAGAUAUUGAAAACUAGUAAAGGACAGAUGCACUUCACAUACUGGAUUCUUUUUUUUUUUUAAUUGUAAUUCUCACAGUUUUAUUGUUCUCACACAUAAAGAAAAAUGCCUGAUGCUGAAACAAAUGUACUUUAACCCUUAGCCUGCUGGCGGCAAGUGUUUCUGCCAUUGCGACCAGUGCAGACCAAGAUCAGCCUGCACAUCCGUGCAGUCUGAUCAUGGUCUGCACUGUUCGCCAUUCAGUCAGUAUAUUUUUGGUAAGCACCCCUUUUAACAGUUAAUGGUACUGUCCAAAUUGAAAAAUGGACAAGUUCAUUAUAGAAAUUUAGCUGGGUAAGGGUUAAUAGUAGUAUUAUGAUAAAUGAUGUAUUUAUAGUGCAAUAUUGUUGUUAAUUUUGUUUGAUAACAUGAUUUUGUGUCAUUUUAUAGCGUGCUUCUGUUGUGGAAAUAUUUGAUUUGUUUUCAAAAUGAGUCAUUUACAGAAGUAAUGCAAGAAUAUGCGAUUGAAGACACAACGUGAUGAGAUACUUAAAUUUAGAUAGGAAAUGUCAUGUGUGGUAUAAAUCAGCCAUGAAAUGUGUUAAGAAAAGUGACACUUUACUUAAGAAGUACGCAUAGUGUUGAGAUACUUUUGAGGUCAUGACAUGACCAGUUUAAACUGGAAAAACUGUAGUGUUAUUCCCCCUUACUCCAGGGCCGAGUGUGUUUUAGGAGCUAAAGUGCAUGAUGCAAACAGAAAUAACACCAUUGAAGGAUGUUUCAUUGCAUGGACGUGAUCUGGAGUACAGCCAUCAAUAAAUUAUUUGAUGAAAUGUACUUGAAUUAAGAUGAAAAUAAAGAAAAGACUGAUUGAAUUGAACAGAAUGUAACUAUUCUGGAGGGAACUUGUGCUGCAUGUCCCUGGCAACAGUAUAGAUAAAGUCAGUUAUAUAUCUGAUCUGGCAAUUGCUACUGGAGUGCAAAGUACAAAGCUUGUACCAAUUUUUGGAGAAUGAAUAAAAUAUCUAGUGCUUUGGAAAUUGAGAAAAAAAUGUCAUACAUAGACUUAUGGCAUACAUAAGUGUUAGCUUAUAGUAUUGGCCUAUGGAUGAAAGUGUCAAAUUUAGUCAGAUUUACUUAUUGCUGUAAGCUUGCUACAAGUAAACUUACGCUGUGAGUAGCUUUUUACUGACCUAAGGCUAGGGACAAAUAUUGGAAGGACCCCUUUAAAGGGGCUUGAAGACUGAAGUCUUGUAGUAAGAGGUCUACUUAAUUUUGGGAACUUAUUUUAUUACAUGUGUCUUUUUAAGGGACUAUUAUAAGUGGUGUUGAAAUUAAUUUAAAUUGUUUUGCUUUAUUGUUUAGAUGUGUCAUUUUUAGCUCACCUGAGCAAUGCUCAGGUGAGUUUUUCUGAUCGCUUGAUGUCCGGCGUCCGUCGUCUGUCGUCUGGCGUCUGUCGUCCGUCGUCUGUCAACAUUUAGCUUGUGUAUGCGAUAGAGGCUGUAUUUUUCAAUUAAUCUUCAUGAAUAUUGGUCAGAAUGAUAACCUUGAUGAAAUCUAGGCCGAGUUCGAAAAUGGGUCAUCUCGGGUCAAAAACUAGGUCACUAGGUCAAAUCAAAGAAAAACCUUGUGUAUGCGAUAGAGGCAUUAUUUUUCAUUUAAUCUUCAUGAAUAUUGGUCAGAAUGAUAACUUUGAUGAAAUCUAGGCCGAGUUCGAAAAUGGGUCAUCUCGGGUCAAAAACUAGGUCACUAGGUCAAAUCAAAGAAAAACCUUGUGUAUGCGAUAGAGGCGGUAUUUUUCAAUUAAUCUUCAUGAAUAUUGGUCAGAAUGAUAACCUUGAUGAAAUCUAAGCCAAGUUCGAAAAUGGGUCAUCUCGGGUCAAAAACUAGGUCACUAGGUCAAAUCAAAGAAAAACCUUGUGUAUGCGAUAGAGGCUGUAUUUUUCAAUUCUUCUUCAUGAAUAUUGGUCAGAAUGAUAACCUUGAUGAAAUCUAGGCCGAGUUCGAAAAUGGAUCAUCUCGGGUCAAAAACUAGGUCACUAGGUCAAAUCAAAGAAAAACCUUGUGUAUGCGAUAGAGGCUGUAUUUUUCAAUUGAUCUUCAUGAAUUUUGGUCAGAAUGAUUGCCUUGAUGAAAUCUAGGCCGAGUUCGAAAAUGGGUCAUCUCGGUUCAAAAACUAGGUCACUAGGUCAAAUCAAAGAAAAACCUUGUGUAUGCGAUAGAGGCGGUAUUUUUCAAUUGAUCUUCAUGAAUUUUGGUCAGAAUGAUUACCUUGAUGAAAUCUAGGCCGAGUUCGAAAAUGGGUCAUCUGGGUUCAAAAACUAGGUCACUAGGUCAUAUCACGUAAAAACCUUGUGUAUGCGAUAGAGGCUGUAUUUUUCAAUUGAUCUUCAUGAAUUUUGGUCAGAAUGAUACCCUUGAUGAAAUUUAGACCAAGUUCGAAAAUGGGUCAUCUGGGGUCAAAAAUAGGUCACUAGGUCAAAUCAAAGAAAAACCUUGUGUAUGCAAUAGAGGCGGUAUUUUUCAACUGAUCUUCAUGAAAUUUAGCCAGAAUGAUUACCUUGAUAAAAUCUAGGCCGAAUUCGAAAAUGGGUCAUCUGGGGUCAAAAACUAGGUCACUAGGUCAAAUCGAAGAAAAACAUUGUGUAUGCAAUAGAGGAUGUAUUUUUCAAUUGAUCUUCAUGAAAUUUGGUCAGAGUGAUUGCGUUGAUGAAGUCUAGGUCGAUUUUGAAUAUGGGUUAUCUGAGGUCAAAAACUAGGUCACUAGGUCAAAUUAAAGAAAAAUCUUGUGUAUGCGAUAGAGACUGUUUUUUUUCAAUUGAUUUUUAUGAAAUUCGGUCAGGUUGAUUGCCUUAAUGAAAUCUAGGUCGAAUUUGAAUAUGGGUCAUCUGAGGUCAAAAACUAGGUCACUUGGUCAAAUCAAAGAAAAAACUUCUGUAUGUGAUAGAGGCUGUAUUUUUCAGUUGAUCUUCAUGAAUUUUGGUCAGAAUGAUUGCCUUGAUAAAAUCUAGGUCGAGUUCGAACAUGGGUCAUCUAGGGUCAAAAACUAGGUCAUACCUAAGAAAAUGCUUGUUUUAUCGCAAGAGACCAAUUUUUUGGUCCAGUCUUAAUGAAAAUUGGUCAGAAUAUUUGUUUCCAUGAAAUCACUAGGUCAAACAUGUUUUACACUGUUACGGAGUGUUUCUUAGGUGAGCGACCUAGGGCCAUCUUGGCCCUCUUGUUUGAAUUUAUGAUUUUAUGUCAGUCACAUUUUAGUUACAUCUGAAAUUGUAAAAUAUAUAUGUAAGGUAAAGUACUUAUAUUUUUCAAGAAAUCAGCAGAUUCAUGUGUAAAGAAAAAACUUAGGUGAAAAAUUUGUGUCAGUUUCAAAAUGAAGUUAAUUAAAACAUUUUAAACAUAGAGCCACUGUGAUCAGAAAUCUUCAUUUUAAAGACAUGCAGAUCAUUUUACUAACCAUUAUCCUAAGAAAGAGUUUUAUUUACAAUAUUCAAAACAGGGACAAAAAUCACACAUAUGACCUUUUAAGCAAAGAUCAUAGGACCUGUAUUCUAGGGAAGAGGCUAUGAUCUUUAAUGUAAAGAACAUCUGUGGUUGAUUAUAGUAUAACAACAUUCCGACAACACUAAUGGCUUAGCUUUGACCUGUAGGUGAUAUUGAUUGUGACUAUGUUACAUUAUGACCUUUGGCAAAAUGGCUUGAACCAGUGUCCAUAAAUGCAGCAUAAAAUUGUCUUGAUGACAUAACUAUGUCAUGACCUACAAUCAUACCUAUUUCCUUAUAGACAAGGCGAUGUUCAGUAUUUUCUUAAGAAUGGGUUAAAACUGCCAAAAAAUGACAUUUUCAAUUUAACUUAAAAAAAAAUUAAAAGGUAAUGGUAGAUUUCUCACAAGCACAGAGAACCCCAAAAACAGCCAGAGAGCCAUGCAUCGCAAAGUAGGCCAACAACAAAAAGAAAGUAACAGAAAAAAUGUAGUAGACAGGUUGCUUCAAAAUUCCAACGAGUACAUUUAAAUUAUAUACAAAAAGAAUGGGUUAAAGAACUUUGCCAAAAAUGUCAUUUUCUGUUUUACUUAACAAUGCCUUUUUUGCAAAAAUAAUAACCGGCUUUUUAUGCUGGACUCGGGUAAGUUAAGUAAGUUAAAGGUUACUAAUUCUACUAGUCUUUGAAUUUAUUAGAUAAUAUUUCAGCAUCCUAAAUAUAAUAGAUGGCAGUUCAACAGCUACACAUACUAAAAUCUAGGUUAUGGCCUUCGCAAUAAAAGGUGACAGGUUUACUAACCUGUGCUUUCUUGCCCCAGAAUUGCCUUCAAGUGUGAAACACAUACAGGAUUUCCUGAUGUGUCAUUCCAUAACUGAACCAGGAAUAAGGCUAAUUUAUUGUUCAAAUUUUGUCUAUGCCAUAGUUGUUUAAUGCUUAGUAUGAAUUUAUAUUUGUAUAUGUUGUCAUGAAUGUUCCCUUAAUUUCAGUCUUAUGAAAAAUAAACACUAAAAAUAACA